AUGGAGGAUUAUGAAACCGUCGCAUUAAUAAAAAAGUGUAGUGAAAUUAUUCAAAAGAAACUUCUUCAAAAGUUAAGAGAUCCAGGUAGCUUCACUAUACCUUGCACCAUUGGGAACAUUCAUUGUGAGAGGGCUUUAUGUGAUUUGGGUGCAAGCAUUGAUUUAAUGUCAUUAUCCGUAUUUAGAAGACUUGAUUUGGGGGAAGCUAGACCCACUACAGUUACUCUUCAAUUGGUUGAUCGUUCAUUAACACAUCCCCGAGGUAUUAUUGAAGACGUUCUUGUCAAAGUGGACAAGUUCAUUUUUCCCGCUAAUUUCAUUGUAUUAGAUAUGGAGGAAGAUGAGAAGGUGCCUAUUAUAUUGGGAAGACCAGUUUUAGCCACCGGUCAAGCUUUGAUAGAUGUUCAGAAGGGCGAGUUAAGGCUCAGAGUACAAGGUAAUGAGGUUGUUUUUAAUGUCUUUAAAUCCUUGAAAUACCCUUCAGCUACUGACAGUUGUUUCAGUGUUCGUGUAUUGGAGGAACAAGGUGAAGCGGUCAAGUCUAUUGAGGAUCCACAUGAGUUGAGUUUGGUUGCAAGUGAAGAAGAGUGUGAUCGUACAGAAGCCAGCGAAUAUGUUAAGUGGUUGAUCUCAUCGGGGAAAAUUUAUAAAAAAAUAUAUGAGGAAUUGGGGCAAAUACUUGAGAUACCGCUUCCAUCUAUUGAGAAAUCACCGGUCCUUGAGUUAAAGACAUUGCCUGACUAUAAUGCUUUGGAUAACCAAGACCACGUUUGGUACAUGGGUUCCCAAAAAUAG